GGGGUCAACUAUUUUUUGUCUCCAGUUCGUUUCUUCGACCCUUCCUUUCUCUUUCGACGGAGAACAGGCACUUCCCGUCCGAUAGACAGUCGGCGCGGCGAACAUCUCCGAUCCCUUUGCGAUCGGCGUUCCGAUCCUUCGCUCGCCGGGCUCCGGAGGCUUAAAGUCAUCGGCUGUGUCGAGUCUCUCUUGAUCGAAUCGUCCGAUGGAGGCGUUGGGCAAGAGGACGGGCGGAAGAGGCAGAGCUUGCGUGGUCGUCUUGGGCGACUUCGGCCGGAGUCCUCGGAUGCAAUAUCACGCCCUUUCCCUUGCUCGUCAGGCAUCUUUGGAGGUCGAUGUUGUUGCGUACGGAGGUUCUGAGCCGCAUAAGGCUGUUCUAGAGCAUGAGUCUAUUCAUAUCCAUACCAUGGUGCAAUGGCCGAGAGUUAUGCAGGGUUGGCCAAAGAUAUUGCGUCCAUUGAUGCUUGUGAUGAAGCCGAUAUAUCAGCUUAUCAUGCUCCUUUGGUUUUUAUUCAUCAAAGUACCUGCUCCUGAUGUUUUUCUUGUGCAGAAUCCACCUUCAGUUCCGGCCUUGACUGCUGUUGCAUGGGCCAGCUGGAUAAGGCAUUCAGCAUUUAUUGUUGAUUGGCAUAAUUUUGGAUACACUUUACUGGCUUUGUCUCUGGGAAGAAGUAGUCUAUUUGUGGUGGUAUACCGCUGGUUUGAGAAACACUAUGGGAAGAUGGCAAACGGUUCAUUUUGCGUUACGAGAGCAAUGCAACAUGAAUUAGCUCAGAAUUGGGGAAUUAAAGCAGCAGUUUUGUAUGAUCAGCCUCCUGAAUUUUUCCACCCUGCUUCCCUCAAGGAAAAGCAUGAGUUAUUUUGCAGAUUGGAUAAAAAUUUCCAGUUGCCCCUUGGUGUCCGGGACUGUUUUAGCUGUGAAUCUACCAUGACAGGAGACUCUACCUCAGAUGAGACCCUAUUUACCGCUCUAGUCAGCUCUGAUAUUUGUGUGAAGGCAAACAGGCCUGCCCUUGUCGUCAGUAGUACAAGCUGGACGUCAGAUGAAGACUUUGGCAUCCUCCUGGAAGCAGCAGUUAUGUAUGAUAGAAGAGUUGCUGCAAUUUUAAAUGAAGACGACUCUACUGACAAAGAGGUUCUCUGGACAGAGAUGCACCACGGAAAGAAAUACCUCUACCCCAGGUUGUUAUUUGUAAUCACAGGUAAAGGGCCUGACAAAGAAAAGUACGAACAGAAGAUAAGAAAGUUGAAUCUUAAACGGGUGGCAUUUAGGACCAUGUGGCUAUCUGCUGAAGAUUAUCCAUUGCUACUUGGAUCAGCAGAUCUUGGUGUGUGCUUGCAUACUUCUUCAUCUGGUUUGGAUCUUCCAAUGAAGGUUGUGGACAUGUUUGGUUGCGGGCUGCCUGUGUGUGCUGUUUCUUACUCAUGCAUUAAAGAGCUAGUGAAAGUUGAGAAAAAUGGCCUCCUCUUCUCGUCAUCUUCGGAGCUAGCUGACGAACUUUUGAUGUUGUUCAAGGGUUUUCCGGAUGAUAGUGAUUCAUUGAAGCUGCUGAGGGAUGGUGCACAGGAAACAGGAGCCUCUUCAAGGUGGGCUACAGAGUGGGAAGAACAUGCCAAGCCAUCAUUAUUGGAGGUUAUUUCUCAGAAGUAUGAGUGAUUUCCAGCUGUCAAUUGCAAUGUCAAUUUUCUCAGUCUAGCAUUCAGCAGCCGAAGUCCACUUGAGAAGGGAGGUUGCGCAGCUCUGUCAUUUCUGGUUUCAAACCAUUUAGGCUGUCAGAUCAAAUGGCAGGAGGAUUCUUUAACUUAAAAUGCAGAUGUGUUCAUCAGCCAAGGUGGAAAAACACUCCUCUGUCGCACUAGCUUUGGAUGUGUUGCCAUCUGUUUUUCUGGGC